UCAUUUAAGAAUUUUCCGGAUUAAUGUUUUAGCAUAAGCAGUAUCAAAUUUAUUAGAAACUGCUUAAUUAUAACCGAGAUUAUUCUAGUUUAAGCAGAUAUCUCCGAUUCGUGUCUGUUUUCCGACACACGCCCCUCUUAUACUUGUAUGUAAUCUAGUACUCCACGACACUCUCCAUCUGUGUGUUUGGCUGGGAUUUCGAUUUCGCAGUUUCUUCAAUUCAUUCACUGUAAUGGCUUCGGUAAUGGGUCUCCCUCUUCCACCCAUUUCCGCCAUAAACUCGCGCCGCUUCCGAACGCACUUCGCUUUGAGCUUCACAGAGUUGCCAGCUGAAUCUGGUCCACUGAACGAAGCUUCCACCAUCACGGUUGUUGAGAAAAACCAAAAUGGCUCGUUGGUCAUGGAGGGAUCGAAGGUGCGUGGUGCUAGAGUUGUGGAAGAGAAGAAGAGCAAUGAUGAAGGCUCUGCUUCUGCUCUGGCACCGCUUUGGGAUGAUGGGUAUGGGAGUAGGACUGUGGAAGAUUUCUUCGCUGCAGCAAGGGAAUUGAAGGAUGAUGGUGGUCCACCCCGUUGGUUUUGUCCUGUUGAAUGUGGUCGUCCUUUGAAGAAUUCUCCUACCCUUUUGUUUCUACCUGGGAUGGAUGGCACAGGAUUUGGCCUCACUUUGCAUCAUCAAGCUCUUGGAAAGGCUUUCGAAGUUCGGUGCUUGCAUAUUCCUGCUCAUGAUCGAACACCAUUUGAAGGAUUGGUGAAACUUGUUGAAGAAGCUGUUAGACUUGAGCAUGCUUUGUCUCCAAAUAAGCCAAUUUAUCUGGUUGGUGAUUCCUUGGGUGGAUGCCUAGCACUUGCUGUUGCCGCUCGUAAUCCAACAGUUGAUCUAGUACUGGUAUUAGCCAAUCCAGCUACAUCCUUUGGCAGAUCUCAGUUGCAACCCUUACUUCCUCUCUUGGAGGCAAUGCCUGCUGAACUGCAUGUCACUGUUCCCUUUCUGCUUAGUUUUGUUAUGGGUGAGCCGUUGAAGAUGGCAUCAGUCAAUAUUGGAAACAGACUUCCUCCUUCAAAGAAAAUCGAACAACUGAGACACAACCUUGUCGCAUUGCUGCCAUGUCUUCCUGAGCUAAGUAACAUUUUAGCAAGGGAGACUCUUCUUUGGAAACUGAAACUUCUUAAAUCAGCUGCUGCAUAUGCGAAUUCGCGCCUCCAUGCUGUCAAAGCUGAUGUACUUCUGCUUGCUAGUGGCAAGGAUAACAUGCUUCCCAGUCUAAAUGAAGCUCGAAGACUUGCGAGGUCAUUGAAGAACUGCAAAGUUCGUAAGUUUAACGACAAUGGACACACCCUUCUCUUGGAGGAUGGUAUUGGUCUGCUGACAAUCAUCAAGGGGACCUGCAUGUACCGUCGUUCUAGGAUACUUGAUUUGGUCAGGGAUUACAUUCCUCCCAGCACGACGGAAUUCAGAUAUGCAAUGGAUCAAGUAGUUGGAGCACUUCGGUACAUUACUGGAUCUGUAAUGUUCUCAACUUUGGAAGAUGGAAAGAUUGUGAGAGGUCUCUCUGGCGUUCCGGAUGAAGGCCCUGUCUUGUAUGUUGGUUAUCACAUGUUGUUUGGGUUAGAGCUUACCUCAAUUAUGGAUGCAUUUUUAAGUGAGAAGGGUAUUAUUCCUCGUGGAAUAGCCCAUCCUGAGCUGUUUACAGCGAAAGCAGAGACUUUUACUUCUGAGUUUUCUAUGAUUGAUUGGGUGAAGAUAUUUGGUGCGGUGCCUGUUUCAGCAAGCAAUUUGUUUAAACUAUUCUCCACUAAAUCUCAUGUUCUCCUAUAUCCCGGUGGUGCACGCGAGGCUCUCCAUUUUAAGGGUGAGGAAUACAAGGUGAUUUGGCCUGACCAACCGGAAUUUGUGAGAAUGGCAGCAAGAUUUGGCGCCACAAUUGUGCCAUUUGGAGCUGUAGGCGAAGAUGAUUUGGCUGAAAUAGUUCUUGACUACAACGACUUAAUAAAGAUCCCCGUCCUCAACGAUUACCUCAGAGAAGUUAACAGUAACCAAGUCAGGCUUAGGGAUGAGACAAGUGGUGAGGUGGCAAAUCAAAAUAUCUCAUUUCCAGUGGUUAGGCCCAAAAUACCAAACUCAGGUCGGUUUUACUAUCUAUUUGGGAAGCCCAUAAGAACCAAAGGCAUGGAGAAUAUGCUAAAAGACAGAGACAGUGCCAACGAGUUAUACCUGCAGAUUAAGUCUCAAGUUGAACAGAACUUAGAUUACUUGAUCAAGAAGAGGGAGGAGGAUCCUUACAGGAAUUUAAUCGAUAGAAAAAUUUAUGAGGCAAUUAAUCCUCAUGAUGAAACUCACCAAACCCCAGCAUUUGAGCCCUGAAAUGAGUAUGUUUAGUACAUAGUAAUAAUACAUUGAUAUUCAUGUAAUCAUUAUUAUUUGGAAACAGAUAAAUGUGGAUGGUCAUCAAUUCUUCAUUGUAACAAUAAAAUAAUUGGUGCUCCCAUGUAUCUGAAUGCUAUUCUUUCAAUAUCAAUAGAAAUGGAAAUUGUUAUCUUGGGAAAAA